AUGGGGGAAUGGACCAUCCUAGAGAGACUCCUGGAAGCUGCCGUGCAGCAGCACUCGACUAUGAUAGGGAGGAUCCUGCUGACCGUGGUGGUGAUCUUCAGGAUACUCAUUGUGGCCAUUGUAGGAGAAACGGUUUACGAUGAUGAACAAACGAUGUUUGUGUGCAACACGCUGCAGCCAGGCUGCAACCAGGCUUGUUACGACCAGGCAUUCCCUAUCUCUCAUAUCAGGUACUGGGUGUUCCAGAUCAUCAUGGUAUGCACUCCCAGCCUCUGCUUUAUAACGUACUCUGUUCACCAGUCUGCUAAGCAGAGGGAGAGGAGGUACUCCACCGUCUUCCUCGCCUUGGACAGAGAUCAGGACUCAAUGAAACGUGAGGACAGUAAGAAGAUCAAGAAUACCAUUGUCAAUGGAGUGCUGCAGAACACCGAGAACUCCACCAAGGAAGCAGAGCCAGACUGCUUGGAGGUGAAGGAAAUCCCCAACCCAGCCAUCAGAACUACAAAGUCGAAGAUGAGGCGGCAAGAAGGCAUCUCCAGAUUUUACAUCAUCCAGGUGGUUUUUCGAAAUGCCCUAGAGAUUGGGUUCUUAGUGGGACAAUAUUUCCUGUAUGGAUUCAAUGUCCCUUCCAUGUAUGAAUGUGAUAGAUACCCCUGCAUUAAGGAAGUGGAGUGCUAUGUGUCUAGACCCACUGAGAAGACUGUCUUCUUGGUAUUCAUGUUUGCAGUGAGUGGGAUUUGUGUGGUGCUCAAUUUGGCAGAACUGAACCACUUGGGCUGGAGAAAGAUUAAAAUGGCAGUGAGAGGAGUACAAGCAAAAAGGAAAUCCAUAUAUGAAAUCAGAAACAAGGACCUGCCAAGAAUGAGCGUGCCUAACUUUGGCAGGACUCAGUCAAGUGACUCAGCUUAUGUGUGA